UGUUCACGUUGAACAUUUACAGAUUUACGGAAGCUAAGCAUUUCCUCUUUAGUUUGAACCAUAUUUUAGGACCCGGGGGAAUGUUUGGUAGAGUUGGCGUUUGCCUAGCUUGCUAGCUAGCUACGUUUGUAAACGUUGAAGCGAGUGACAGAACAGAGCACUGGUCACCGAUUGAGAUCAUGUAGCCUGUUUUGUUGUGCUUUUAAUAUCUAAUAAUAUCCGUUUAUUUGAUAAAUAUUUAUUAGCUAAUACUAUGUUGCAACCUGAAUUGCUUCGAUUGUUAAUACAGACUGACUCAGUUGACACUGAUAUUUUGGCGGUUCCAGUUUUGCAAGUCGAUACAAGACCAAAGGAGUCCAAUUUAGAAAAGUUAUCAAGAGUUUGUGGAGAUGACGGAAUCGAUGAAACCAGUUCACCGCUCACCUUCAUGCCUCAACAAAUUCGGCUGAACAAGGAUCAUGAAAUGUUUGAAGAUGGUGACAUACACAGGCAUUUAUACCUGCAAGAUGUUGCGACCACAACACCGGAGGUUUCUGAAACACCAACGGUGUCGGCGUUCCGCUGCCACAUCGCGGGCUGCAGUCAGCUGUUCGACACGCUGGAGGGCUACGAGCACCACUACAGCGCGCUGCACCGGCACGUGUGCUCCGGCUGCCGCAGGUCCUUCCCGUCCGACCGCCUCCUCGACAUCCACAUCCUGGAGUGGCACGACUCCUUCUUCCAGAUCAUGGCCGAGAAGCAGAGCAUGUACCAGUGCUUAGUAGAAGGAUGUGAUUUAAAAUUCAAGACCAGCAAGGAAAGAAGAAACCAUUUGAUCAAAACUCAUCGUUACCCUCCAGACUUCAGGUUCGACCGAUCCAAGAAGACUAAAAGCAGGACGGAGUCCAAGGUUCCGCAGAAGAGCGAGGGGAGCAUGGAGGUUUCCGCGGCGACGCUCCCCGCGGUUAGCGGGCCUGACGCGGGCGAGUCCAUGGAGUUCUGCGCCUCCGGCGAGACGGAGCGGGACUCCCAGAGCGGCGCCGGUCCAGUGCAGGAGGAGCAGCCGAAACCACGCUACUCUCACAAGGUGCCCCACACCAUCUGCUUCGGCCAGGGGUCCACCCGCGGCUUCCGAGGCCGGAGGAAGAGGAAGUAGACGUGAGCGUUUCCUGCAGGUAGACCUGAGCGUUUCCUGCAGGCGAACAUGACCCCAGCACAGUCCCCAUGUCCGACGCUAUGAAGUAUUCUAUUUUCAACAAUAAAA